AUGAGGAGAGCAGCAUGUGCCCCUCGACUCGGAGACAUCUGCCGUCGAGGCAAGACACACACCGCCUGUCAGACGGGCGGUUGUGAAACCCGAUGCCGCCAAGAUUGUUGUAACUACGCGUUGCCAAGAGGAAUGUCAUCAGGCAGUUUACCAUUUUGUCUUGAUGAGUCUGUCUCCUGCUGUGGCAACCGUCACGCCGGGUCGAGUCGGCCGACAAUUCAAGCGCCUAGGCUCGAGCCCCGGCAAAAUCUCGCGGAGCUGAGCGGGCCAGGAUUGUUUGUGUGCGAGAAAGUGUGGCCAGAAUGGCAUCGUCUUCGGGAGUGUGGACACACGUUUUUCAAUUGCAUUCAUAACUUUACAGCCUCACAACUCAGUUCUAUCGUCAGAUUCGGUAUCACGACCCGCCGAUUUCCCGGCUCCACCACAAACGUUAAAGAGUCUCUUUCUCUAUCUCGCUCCGUAAAAAUGCUAUUAUUAGUCAUUUCGAGACGCACCUCAGCAUCGGAAGCAUUAGUUGACUGCAGUUUCAACCUCACCUCAACUGGUUUCAUACUGAGCCCCAGCGGGACUCGAACCAUGGCAGGGCAGCGUAUAAUCUCGACGCCACAAAUGCUCUAG